UAGGGCAAAUAGACAUUCCAAAUAUUUUUCUUUGGCUUUUCCAUCGAGCGAAUAUGUACAACGGAAUCGGCCUACAAACGCCGCGAGGCUCCGGCACAAACGGCUACAUUCAAACCAACAAGUUCUUCGUCAAGCCUAAAACGAACAAAGUCCUUGUCGACGGCGGGAGCAAAGGUUACGAAUCUGGCCAAGGAACUGCCGGAGUAACAAGGAAAGCCAAUAAGGAUAUUCUCGAACAUGAUCGGAAACGCCAGAUUCAGCUUAAGCUUCUCGUACUUGAGGAGAAGCUUGCUGAUCAGGGAUAUACUGAUGUUGAGAUUAACGAGAAGCUUGAGGAAGCGAGACGGAAUCUCGAGGCCGUAGUGGAAGAUUCUGGUGAACCUGUAUAUGAAAAGGUUUCGGAAACACAAACACAUCAGAUUGCUGCUUUGAAAGAAAAGCAAAUGGAGAACUUUAAAGCUGCUCUCAAGAUAGGGGCUGAAUAUGAGACUCAGAAGAAGAAGCAUGAUGAUUUAGCUCUUUUUGAAGAGGGUGAAAUUGAAGAUGAUGACUUGGUAAAAGAGAAGGAAGACGGUAAGCGUCAUAAGAAAAAAGAGAAGAGGAGAGGAGGUGAUGAUUCUUCUGACUCUGACAUCAGUGGAAGCCAUGCCAAAGAGUCUAAGAAGAACCGUAAAAAAGCUCAUGCUAGUUCUGAUUCUGAUGGUGGGGGUGGUAACAAGUCAAGAAAGUCGUCUGCCAAGGACAAGAAGAUUCGAAGGCGGCAUUAUUCAUCCUCUGAUGAUUCUUCCUCAGAUUCAGAUUCUGAUUCCUAUUCAGAGUCUGAUCAUGAGAAGAAACACGUGAAAGCUUCUAGGAAACAUUCUGUGGGUGAUAAUGAUGGUCGUGAUGCCAAAAUCAGUAAGCUUCAACAAGGUAGAAAACAUGAUUCUGAUGAGGAUGACCAUGAAAAUGACCGUGAUGUCAAAAAUAAGAUGAUUCAGAAAGAGAAAAGACAUGUUGCCGAUGGUAAAUAUGACGAUGGUCGUGAUACUAAAAACAAAAAGUCAGAGAGGGGUAGAAGACACGAUUCUGAUGGCGACGAUGAUGGUCGUGAUGCUAAAAAUAAGAAGUUACAACGAGGUAGAAGACACGAUUCUGAUGAUGAUGGUAGCGAUCGUGAUGUAAAAAGCCGGAAGAUUCAGGAAGGGAGAAGACAAAUUACUAAGGCUGAGUAUGAUGAUGGCCGUGAUGCUAAAAACAAGAACCCACAAAGAGGUGGAGGAUACGAUUCUGAUGACGAUGAUGAUGGUAGUGAUCGUGAUGUGAAAAGCAGGAAGAUUCAAGAAAGGAAAAGACAUGUUACUGAGGGAGAGUAUCAUGAUGGUCGUGAUGCUAAAACCAAGAAUUCCCAAAGAGGUAGAAGACAUGAUUCUGAUGAUAGCGAUCUUGAUGUAAAAGACAAGAAGAUUCAGCAAGGGCAAAGGGAACACAAAAUGCGUGGACAGGAGAGAAGAGAGAGUAGGGAUGAUGAUCGUCGGGUAAGGAAACACAAAAGAGAUGAAGAGGAAGAUCAGUACCCGAAGCGUGAGAAAGAAUGGGAUUCUCAGUGUGGAAGGCAUGAACAGGAGGAGGAGCAGCACAGAAGCAGAAUGCGUGAUAGUUACAGAGGUCAUGAUUCUUCCAAGCGGGCUAGACAUGAUGAUUUGCAUUCUAGUGGAAGGAGAAGAUAUGAUGAUGACAAGUAUGCUGAUAGACAGACUAGGCGGUGAAAGCUGCUUUAGAUUUUGUGUCUUGCUAGAAGAUCAAGAGUUUUAGCUGCUCGGUGGAGGGGAAGAAGUGGCUGAUGUUCAGAAAACAAGCACAAAGAGGAAAAGAUUGGUUAGCUGCCUAGUAUCAUAUGUAGACAUGUAUGUAAGCUUUCUACAAAGGGAUGUGUCGGUGGUUUUUUUUUUUUUUUUUUUUUUUGUGGGGGGUCUGGUUCUUGAGAUACUCUAAGUGGUGCUAGACGAGAUUUUCCUGAUGACCAUGAAAUUGUUGUGCAAGAGAGUGAGCUGUAAUAAGUAACAAAAUGGCUUCCUCUUUUCUCGUCAUUCCUUCUACCCUUUAUGAUUUCUUAUUUGGUAGUGUGCGUGACAUUUGCCUAAUGAACUCAUGUAUUGCAUUUGUCCUGUUACAAGCUGGGUGCAUGUAAGUUUUUCUUGUCUAAAUAACUGAUGUGCAGUUAGUUUCAGUCUCACCAUGUAAUGUGAAACUUAUAGUUGAGAUAAUUGUUUGAUAUAAAAAGGUUAUAAGCGAGGAAAGUCAUUUUUCCUAAUUUGAUAGAAA